AUGAACUCCCCAGACUCCAGUCAGCCGAAGCAGAUUCAUGAGAUCAAGGACUUUCUCCUCACAGCUAGGAGGAAGGAUGCCCGUUCUGUGAAGAUCAAGAGGAGCAAAGAUGUGGUGAAGUUCAAGGUCCGGUGCUCCAAGUACCUCUACACCCUGUGCGUUUUCGACAACGAGAAGGCUGACAAGUUGAAGCAGUCUCUUCCCCCAGGUUUGAGCGUGCAAGACCUUUGA